AUGUUCAAUGUAGCAUUGAAAGAUUUGGCAGAACCUAUUAGAGGCAAAUUUAAAAAUAAUGAAACUGGUUGGAGAGAAGCAUUACAUUUUGCGGAGUUAUUGAUUUUUGUUCCAAGUCAAACUUCCACCUUAGCCAUCAAAGGCACAAGCACAGCCCUCAUAGAGGCAGGCGCUGUAUUUCAAUUUGUUACCAGUUUUCAAGGAACAGCGCAAAAUAUUGUCAAUAUCGAAUUUUGUACAGUAUUCAGUUUAACUUGCAUGUCCAUUUACAACUAG